AGGUGAAUCUCUGCUGUGUGAGAGAAAAAAUGGAUCACUAGAGAGGGAUUUUUGAAGGGACUUGCUGCAUUUUACCUAAAGAGGAAUGUACAUCUAAUCCACACUUAUCUUCAGUCUCUGGAUCUGUGAUGAGCAUGAUGUGAAACUCACAGCAGAGAUGGAGAGAGAGAACAGCACAGAAGUGAAAGAAUUCAUCCUUCAUGGUUUGACCAAGUCUCGAGACGUUCAGCUCCCGGUCUUUGUGCUAGUUUUAGCUUUCUACCUUAUCAUCCUCCCUGGAAAUUUCCUCAUCAUCCUCACCAUCAGGUCAGAUUCUGGCCUCACAGCCCCUCUCUACUUCUUCCUGGGCAACUUGGCCUUCCUGGAUGCAUCUUACUCCUUCAUUGUGGCUCCCAGGAUGCUGGUGGACUUCCUCUCUGAGAAGAAGGUAAUCUCCUACAGAGGCUGCAUCACUCAGCUCUUUUUCUUGCACCUCCUUGGAGGAGGGGAGGGGUUACUUCUUGUUGUGAUGGCCUUUGAUCGCUACAUCGCCAUCUGUCGGCCCUUACGCUAUUCAACUGUCAUGAACCCUAGAGCCUACUAUGGAUUGCUGUUGGCCCUGUGGCUUGGAGGGUUUGUUCACUCCAUGACCCAGAUGGCCCUCAUCCUCCACUUGCCCUUCUGUGGCCCAAACCAUCUGGAUAACUUCUUCUGUGAUGUCCCACAAGUCAUCAAGCUGGCCUGCACAGACACCUUUGUGGUGGAGCUUCUGAUGGUCUUCAACACUGGACUGAUGACACUACUGUGCUUCUUGGGGCUCCUGGUCUCCUAUGGAGUCAUCCUCUGCCGUGUACAUGGGUCCUCCUCUGAAGGGAAGAACAAGGCCCUAUCCACAUGCACCAUCCAUAUAAUAGUUAUAUUUCUCAUGUUUGGGCCCGGCAUCUUCAUCUAUACUCGCCCCUUCAGGGCUUUCCCAGCUGACAAGGUGGUUUCUCUGUUCCACACAGUUAUCUUUCCUUUGUUGAAUCCCAUAAUAUACACCCUUCGUAACCAGGAAGUGAAAACAUCCAUGAGAAGAUUGUUUAAUCGACACAUAGCCUGA